AUGAAGAACCGAAAGAAGAAAUCAAAAGAGCAAUCCAAGGCUCUGCCGCUGCUUCGCGAAUCCGCGUGGACAAUCAAAGUCCCUUUCUCAGCUCGCCUCGCCUUCUCCUCCAUUCUCCAUAUUCCCUGCUGUAUGCUUCGCUGGCUGGCGCUCCUUUUCUUGGCCAAAUACGACUCCACCGCCUCGGUGUCUUCGGGCGAGUUGCCCGCAGAAGCGAGGCUUGCCAGCUGGAUUGUCACUUUUUUUCUUUCAUUUAGACUUACGUGCCGAAAAUAUGCGAUUGAGCGCGAUGCUGAGCCCGAAUAG